CCCGCGCUGUGCGGGCUGUGCUGUGGCGUCGUACGGCCUGCCCUCCCUUCUCGCGUCUUAUAAAUGUGUCAAAGCAUCGUUCUCACUUUCCUCGUCUUCCUCCUGCAGACCCAACGCUGCGCCCGAGGGAGCCGAUGCCGGCCCACGUUCAGCAGGCAGCUGCUGCUAAAGCCGUCGGCAUAUUAGCCAAGGAGUCAGCAGAAGUGGCUGAAGAGCUGAUCCAGCUAAAAGUGGUGCACGGCCUGAUGGUUGCAGUGGGGAACCUGGAUUAUCCACUCAGCCAGAGAAAUGCCAGCAUCUCCCUGGAGUACUUUGUCCGCACAUACCCCUCUGUGGAGGAGCAUGUAAGGAAGGCAGUAGGACACAUGCUGUUCCAGCUCUUUAAGGACUGUCCUGAGACCUGGUACACAAAAAUAGAUCCAGUCCAGGCUGAAGAAUUGGCCUCCAAUCUAGUGGACAGCCCCAAAGACAUGACAAAGAUGCAAUCUGCAGAAGGUGGGGACAGAGAUCUUCCUCCUCAUCCUUGGACAGCUGCAAGAAAACAGCUUAAGUAAGAACAGCAAGUUGUUUCCAGCUUUGAGAUCUUUUCAGCCCACUGCACACACAUACGCUGCGUCGAAGACCUGAGCUUUCUUCCCUCAUUUCUGUUUCCUCAAUCUCCAUUUGAUUCUGUGUUUCGCCACCUCCAUUAUGAGGACUGAUCUCUUUCACCCUGCAACAAGAAUAUUUGCCACUUACUAUCUUUCAGCAAUUUCAGGGCUGUGGUAUCACAAGGCAGCUGCUGUAAUUCAUCAGUGCCCAGCAAAAAGCAUUUGGCUUUAUUAAAAGAAAUUCCAAACACUGUCACACCUGGAACAAGCUCACAUAGAAACUCCAAAGGGCUGUGAGAAAGAAAGAUGAAAGAUGUUUGUUUGCACAUCCAGUGUAGCCAUAUCAAGCUAGGACCUCUCCUGGAGAGAAGUGCUGGAUACACAGUACCAAGUGCCAGUAAAGCCUUUCACACAGACACGUCAGCUUGGUCUGUCACAAUCAACUAAGAGGACUUAGUAUGGAAACAACAGGAGUAAGGUGGUUUCCUUCCCUGCCUCAAAAAACAAACAAACAAAAAAAACCCUCUCCAUAAAAAGGAGAGUCCUUAUUUUGUCCUUAUUUUGUAAUAAGGACAAAAGUCAUGGCUGAUGACAUGGAGCUAGGUGUCAAGCAUCAGCUAGGCACUUCAUCCCACUUACCAGCAUCAGCUUUGUAUUUUCAGUGAGUUUUAGCCUACCUAUUCCCUAUCCAGUGGCCUGAAUUUGCCUUGUGCACCAGCAGUGAAACCAAUGGGAGCAAGCAAAGCACAGUGCAAGUGGGCAAGUCAGAUGCUUCGUUUUGUCUUGUGCUUUCAGGUGAUCAGGAAUGACUGUCCACCAAAAGAAAAAAAGCAACUUCAAUCCUGAGCCUGAACCAAACCUCUGAAGAUUCAUUGUGUUCCUGAAUGUUCAGACUUUUCUCUUGAGUGUUUUCCUGCUAAGGAGGGGACCAAGAGGCCUUUUGUGACAUAAAUGAAAGCUACAAGGUCUGAAGUACACAAGUUUUAUCUUGUUAACAUAGGACAAAAGUCACAGACUCUGCAGCCACUGUACAGAGCCAUGCAACACAGCAUCAGCAAGGGAAAAUUCAAAUACCACUGAUCCUGGUGAAAGAGGGAAGGCUUUAGCUGUUUCUUUAGCUGUUGUGCUGACAUUCAAAAUACAAACUGCUUUCUCUGCAA